GCCAUGGUUCACCUGGGAUCUCUUUGGCGGUUUUGCGCCCUGCUUGGAGUGGCUGAAGGCCGACGUGCCGUGCAGGUGGAUCAUUCCUUAGACGUCGCGCAGGGCGGCCAGGGCGACCAGUUUUGCUGCUGCGUUGAGGGCAUCUGUGCUGAGAAAUAUCGAGUAGGCCCUGAUGGCGGGGAGCCAGAAGCUGUGGCCGUCUACAAUCCCAAUGAAAACCUGUGCUGCAGGCUCAAGGAUCGCAGUUGUGGACACGUACUCAACGCUUUCUCAAGCUUCAAGGAGCCGGCAAAAGACAAAGGCUUCUGCCAAGGAAGGACAGAGUCGACCUUUGUUGCUCCGCCACUGCCCAAGGCUCCCAUCCCUGAUGUCUCCAAGAUGCAGCCGGGACAUGCGGCGCACACGGUGCAUACCUACUGCGACCUUGGAGCGGAGACGGUAGAUGAGGAAACUGCAGACUCAACUGCCACCUCCGUCCGACGAAAUGUCGUCCAGACGAUGGUGAACGAGGUCUCGCGGAACUCCAUUGACGCCAUGGCAAAGGAGAUUUUCUCGAUCUACGUUUGCACGCGGUGGGCCCCCACUGGAGACUUCGCGCGUGUCAUGGAGGGGGAGAUGGCUACAGGUCAGCUGCCCAAGAGCAAUCCCUCGAAGCUGUAUAAGGAGCGCCGCUUUCUGCCCCUCCGGUGCAGCUCGAACUUCAAGGUCUUUGAAGAAGUUGCGCUUGGUCAAACAAGCUUCCAGGCCUUCGAAGCCCAGAUGGAAGCCCUUGCCAAGUGGUAUAAAGGCGAAGCAGACGGCGCGGUUGCCCAUCGCCUUGCCGAACUUGACGGCGACAUCCAGGAGGACGCCGCAGUCUUCGAUCUUGACUAUGUCAAGAAGAAAGUUGAUGCUUGCCCUGAUUCCGAUGGCUCCUGGAGCAUCAGUGCGCACACAGCUUCAGG